GCCACAUUACACAUCCUAUAGUGUGCCUUGUCGAGGAGCACUGAAUAGCGUUCGAUUGCAACUUGCUUCUUUCUUUGAAGAUGGCGCGAAAGCAUGCAUUCCGUUUAGUCUUUGCAUUUCGGAUCUGAACCUGAAGAAAUGUCGAUGUUCGCCGGAAUUAAGAGCGUUUGACUAGCUCAGGCCUCAUCCUGAGCACUUCCAGGUCGGCCUCUAGGGGUCGCUGACACAACCGGACCCCAGCUGCACCCACCAUGACCCCAACCAUGAAGCAGUGGAGGCAGCUGGUUCUGGUGGCGAUGCUGGCCUGGCUCCUCAUCUUCCUGGCCCUGCUCUCCCACUUCCUGGACCCCCGGGACGUGGAGCUCCGCUCGCCCUCCUCGCUCACCCACACCGAGACCCGCCGUCUGGCUUCCAUCCAGGCCAGUCCAUCGGGCAUCAGGGCUUCUCCUCUCCAGGUGUCGUCCUCCUCUUCCCCCGCCAACCAGGACCACAGCCGACAGGGAAAACAGGAGGCCCUGGAGCUGAGCCAGAAUGGGGAGGUGGUCUGGAAUGAGGUGAGCGACCAGGAGGGGGUGGAUCAGGAAAGGGAAGAGAAGAUUAGGAGGGAGAGACUGAGGAGAAGGAGGAGGAAGAAGAGAGGGGGCAGAGACGAAUACUACUUAUCCCAGUCCAAGGCAGUGGUCCAGUGGCUGCGGAGGGGCAUUGCCUCAGCGGGGAUGCUUGCUCCACACCUGCAGAAGUCCAUGAGGGACUAUCUGCAUCUCAACAGGCACCACGUGACCUACAGGGGGUUGCGCAGGGGUAGGCAGAGCAGGAGGGAGGUACUCUGUGAACUGAAGGAGCAGGCCAGGUUGAGGACACUGGACGGGACAGAGCAACCCUUCUCUGGGCUGGGCUGGGACAAGCUAGUGCCCCCACGACCUCUGGAGCAGCUUUGGGGCCAGGGGUCAAAGUUCAAGUCGUGUGCGGUGGUCACCUCGGCCGGGGCUAUCCUCAACUCUUCCCUAGGGAGAGAGAUUGAUUCCCAUGAGGCUGUGCUUCGCUUCAACGCUGCUCCUACAGAGGGCUAUGAGAAUGACGUGGGCAACAAGACCACCAUCCGCAUCAUCAACUCUCAGAUCCUGGCCCGGCCCAGACAUCGCUUCAACACCAGCGCUUUGUAUAAGGGUAUGACACUGGUGGCCUGGGAUCCUGCACCGUACUCUGUGGACCUGCUCAGGUGGUACGGGAACCCAGACUAUGACCUGUUCACCCCGUACGAAGAACGCCGGCGGCUCCACCCGACACAACCGUUCUACGUCCUCCACCCCAAGUUCAUCUGGCAGCUGUGGGACGUGAUCCAGGGGAACACCCAGGAGAAAAUCCAGCCUAACCCCCCGUCCUCUGGGUUCAUAGGCAUCAUGCUGAUGAUGUCGCUGUGCGAGGAGGUCCAUGUCUAUGAGUACAUCCCCUCUCUGCGUCAGACAGACCUGUGCCACUACCACGAGCACCACUACGACGCCGCCUGCACCCUUGGGGCGUACCACCCCCUGCUCUUUGAGAAGCUACUGGUCCAGAGGAUGAACAGCGCCUCCCAACACGACCUCAAAACCAAGGGCAAGGUCACGCUCUCGGGGUUCAGCGCGGUCAACUGUGGGCCCUGACCUUUGACCUCCUAUGGCCAUCAAGAGACGGAGCGUGACGAUACUAAUCAAGCGACUGAAGAGGCUAAGUUGAGUCAGCACUGUCGUCUGUGGGCUAUGAUCUGGCGUUUUGACCUUUGACCUGGACUGCUCUCGAGCAAAUCGGGAUGAAAGUGAAGAGGAGGAGAGUGGUGCCAAUACUAAAUCAACCUUAGGCUGUAGAGGCUAAGCUAGCGUGCUCGAAAACUGCUUUUGCCGCAAUGGAUAGUGUCAACAGCUGAAGCUGCUCUGGUUCGGAGACCAGAGACUUUCGGGGUGUUGAAAUGAUAGUUGUUUCAACAAACUGUUUAAACAUUAAAAGAAGUGAAAUAGUUUAAAGGCCGAACUCUGAAGUGACGCCCGCAGAGGAAUUUCUUUGUUUUCGCUGAGCCUGGAAAAAGAGCCUGUUGCUGCUGGUUAGGAUAGCAAUAGUCAUCAAUGUUGUAAUGGGGGGGGUGUUGUAGGGCAUGUGAAUGUCAUGUUGUUGUAUUGUGUAACGAAGUAGUCCUUCAGGGAUGGAUGUAUUCCUACCGGAGAGAUGGGUCAUCUUUUAAAGGUAUUGUUCUUGUGACACAAUGUUGUACACGGGAGAGGUCUGGGUAUGAACGUGGGGAAAUGAUCUAUAGAUUCAAAUAUUGAACAUCGGUCAAAGGCAUUUUUUUUUUGCUGAUUCAACUAACGAGGUGCAUUUCCAUGUACAGGUCAUGUUUCGAGCAUAGAAAUAGAGAAUUGAAAACAUGCAGUGUAAAGGGUUUACUUGAGGGGUAGGUUUGAAUUUAAGCCGUUUCAAAAAGCAUGUUUUGUUCCUUUUUGGUUUAAAAAUGUUGUAGACCUUAUUUGAUAAAUUCAGGGAUAGUAGUGUAUGUAGGUCUAUGAGGAAAAACAACCUAUUUUCUUUUCACUCUUCUUGUAUGGACCAGUCUUGACCUAACCACUGAUCUCUCUCUGUGUGAGUAAGGAACUCAAACUUUCUUAUCGGUGUUCUCAUGUCCUCGAUGUAGGUACGCUAUUUAAAGUUACUGUACCGCAAGACAAGAUGGUAAAACUGACAGCAGUUACUUUUCCUGGCCUUGACAUGAUUCGACAGCCACACUAUGUACAUAGAAUGUAAAUGUGGUUCGCUUGCCUAUAGAAGUCUGGUCAAGUGUAAUGCAGCUAUGAAUAGUUUGAGGCACAUUUAUUUAAAAAUAUUUUAACCUUUAUUUAACUAGGCAAGUCAGUUAAGAACAAAUUCUUAUUUACAAUGACGGCCUA